CAUUGUUCAGCAAGCAAUAGCCUCUUGUUGUGGAGCUAUAAUUACAUCAUUAUUUGUAACUCCUCUUGAUGUUAUCAAAACUCGACUGCAAGCCCAAAGGAAUCCAUUCCAUGACGAAUCCAGAGAUUUUUGAAAUGGAGAAGUCUUAACAAGUCACUUGCCACUUGGGUUCUAGAUAGAUGAAGAUAUUGUGCUCUCAAAGAUGUUCUAAUGGUUCCUACUAUUUACUUGUACUUAGUAUAUGAGAUUUAAAAGAAAAGAAGAUGACUGGUUUUUCAUGUUGAAUGUGCAGGUGAGUAUUUGCAGUCACACCUGCAAAUUAAAUUAGGAAAAAUACUUGUGCCUUCUAUCCUGUUUUUGAGUAAGUUCUAAAGCCUUCAGAAAUCUGCAAAUGUGAAGCUUGAAGUAUGUUUUUGUAAUGGCACUAAUAUUUUAUUAAACAGGUUGAAAGUACAUAAUGUAGGAGAAAUGAAAAACAAAUGGAGGGGAUGAUCUAGUAUAAAUACAGACCAAGAUAAGAUACAACAAUAAUAAUUAUACAGAUAAGAUACAAUUCCUCCACUUGAAGUGGAUGCUGAGGCUACUUAAUAAAAGAUUUAAAAGUCUGAAAGAUGUUCACAGUUACAUACAAUAGUGACGUUCAGGUCUUGUAUUAGUUUUGCCUUUCAGCAGAUGGUAAUAUAACCUAAACAUGUCUCUUGGAGCCUUGUGAAGGCAGUUCUGUUUAGUUGGGCAGUCUGAGUAGUACAUUUGUAUCCUCUCUCCUUUGACCUAAUUUGUCAUUACUGACUUACCAAAAUUAUUUGCCCCUCUGUGUCUAACCAGAGAUAAAUCUGUGUUGACAUUAUAUCCAAUUUGAAAAUUGCUGCUGCAUAAAAACAAUCUUAUAAGCAUUAACUAUAUUCUUAUACACCAUUUUUUAGGAAAGUGUCUUGUAAACUCCAGUGGCCAUAUGGAUCAUGUGUAUGUUUGUAAAAAUGAGGACAGCAAAGCCUGGUAUAAAAAACCUGGGCAUUUCAAAGGGACAUUGGAUGCAUUUGUGAAAAUUAUUCGAAUAGAGGGAAUUAAGUCACUGUGGAGUGGGCUUCCCCCAACACUAAUAAUGGCAAUUCCUACCACAGCAAUCUAUUUUACCUGCUAUGAUCAGCUGUGUGAAGCUUUGAAAAGUAGACCAGGAAAGCAUGAUGAUGCGCACAUUCCAGUUAUUGCAGGUUCCUUAAGCAGAUUUGGUUCUGCCACCGUGGUGAGUCCCCUGGAGCUGAUCAAAACCCAAAUGCAGUGUCGCAGGUCGUCCUACAAGCAGCUGUACCUGCGUGUCAGCACCAAAGUGACUGUGGAUGGGUGGCUCUCCCUGUGGCAGGGCUGGGCUUCGACUAUACUGAGAGAUGUACCUUUCUCAGCAAUGUAUUGGUAUAAUUAUGAACGUUUCAAGAAGAUGAUGUGCAAGGAAGUUGGUGCACAUGAACCCACAUUUUUUGUUUCUUUUACUUCAGGAGCAGCAUCUGGCUCUAUUGCAGCUGUUGUAACUCAGCCAUUUGAUGUAGUGAAAACACAUAGGCAGACUCAGCUUUGGGAGAAUGAGGCUUUAAAAAUUCCACAGAGGGACAGUAAAUCAACUUGGGCAGUUAUGAGGAAAAUUGCUGCUAGAAAUGGGAUUACUGGAUUAUUUGCAGGUAAAUUUUUUCUUAUCUCUAAAAAAAUUCAGACUAGAGAGUUCUUAAUUGUAGAUUUUAAAGUGCGUAAGUUUUAUAUUUCCAUUUCUGUGAACACUGUCAGCUAUGCAAUAGUUUGCAUAUAUAAAGCAACAGACAUGUAGACAUUAGCCUGUCCUGGGAUCUUCUUGGUAGAGAACCAUGGUAUAAAGUCCUGGAGGGAGGAAAGGCCCAAGAAAGCUGGUUAAUAUUCAGGAAUCAUCUCCUUCAGGCUCAGGAACAAUGUAUUCCAGCAAAGAGAAAGUUAGGUGAAAACUCCAAGAGGCCUGGAUGGAGGAACAAGGAGAUCCUGGACAAGCUCAGACACAAUAAGGAAGCCAGGACAGGUAACCUGUCACAGAGAAAUGGUCCAAGUAGACAGAGAUCAGGUUUGGAAAUGAGUCUGGCCAGGAAUGUCAAGGGCAACAAGAAAGGCUUCUACAGGUGACCAGAGGAAGACAAGGGAAAACAUUGGCCCUGUGCUGCAUGACUGUGGCAGGCUGAGGCAGAAAUGACAAGAUACUGAGAUUAAAAUAAUAUUGAGAUAAAAUCCUAUUGUAGCUCAUACUGAAAUGACUAUUGGCAAGAGACAUUCAAAUCCAGGAUACUUACCAGACUUCACCACACUGCACUGGCUCAUUGGGGCCCUGGUGUGAAUGGCUGCACAAGUGGUUAAGCCUUGCAGGACUUGUGUUUGCUGAAAGAGAUUAAACUGCUUUAUUCACUGUACAGUGAUGGCAUAGCUGAGUAACAGGAUUUGCAUAUUUCAGACCACUGGAUGCUAACAGAAUGCAAGACACCACAAAGUAUCAAUAAUAUUGAUACUGAAUUCAGUUAAUAGAUUAAAACACAUUUCAGUCUUGACACAUGGGUAGCAGAGUUUGAGAUACUCUUGAUCAGGCCCAGUUCAGUUCAGUUGGCCAUACGUAGCUGAGAUGACUGGGGUUGGCCUGUCUGGCUCCUUGCUGCUGCUCCAAAGGCACACAAGUUCUGCAUAGGUCCUGUGUCAUCUGUGCUGGCUCUCAGCAGACAUCUUUGCAUUUCAAGUGGAAGUGGAGGGCUGACUGUGUGUGGACAAGGGGAUUUGGCCUUAUUCCCCUUCUCUAAACUGAAUCGCUGUCUAACCUCCACUGGCAAGAUCACAGUUGACUAUAAUGGGAGCCAUUUAACACUUACAUUCCAUCAUUUACUCCUGUGACCAGGGUUCAUUUUAGUAGAGGCCACCUCUUGUGUGCUGGAGCACAGGAGCCCUGCAGGCCCAGGUGCUCCAGUUGCAUGGAGUCAGAAGGGACAGAGACACACUGGACUUGAGGCAGGCAGACCACACAAGACAGCAGAGGUGAGGGCUUAAGGUUAUUACACUGGUAAUACCUACAGCUGGUAAAUUCAGUAUUUUGAGGCAUGUGAGCAGGUAGAAUCCCAGCUCUAAACUGAUACACAAUGGUAUAGAUAUAUUGUGAUCAACACACUGUGCUGCAGCACUUGGGUCUGAAAACAGUAAUAGUGAAUACU